ACUGUCAAACCCAGCUGAAGCCGUAGUGAUUACCUCUUUGGCUGAAGCGAAGGGUUACAGCCAGGUUUUUUAUAUUGAUAUUUUAUAAUCAAAAGUUUUUAAUUUUCGCGAUAGUUUGCCGAUAGUGUAUUUGUUAAGGAAUUUACAAUGAGUAAAAAGGAGCGGUAUAUUCCCAAUGCUCUGAAAUUCGCUUUCGGCGGAUCAGCUGGUAUGUUAGCAACAGUGGUAGUGCAGCCUCUGGAUCUGAUCAAGAACCGCAUGCAGUUGAGUAAGGGAGGUCGCUCAGCGUUCGCAGUAGCAGGGGAGAUCGUGGCGCGGGAGGGUUUCAUGGCCCUCUACACGGGGCUCUCAGCUGGCUUGCUACGCCAGGCCACCUAUACGACUACGCGACUUGGCGUCUACAACUACCUCUUUGAUUCUUAUAAAGAAACUCAUGGCGGCGUCGCGCCUGGGUUUGGCACCAAGACGCUGUUGGGCGUCGCCGCCGGGUCUGUCGGCUCCUUCAUCGGCACCCCAGCUGAGGUGGCCCUCAUCAGAAUGACGAGCGACGGGCGCCUACCAAAAGAACAACGGAGGAACUACAAAAACGUUGCCGACGCACUCAUGAGGAUAGUAAAAGAAGAAGGCGUAUUGAAAUUGUGGAGGGGAGCCACGCCAACAGUAGCGCGUGCGAUGGUUGUAAAUGCCGCACAGCUCGGCACAUAUUCACAGGCCCGGGAGAUGUUCCAGGUGUACAUAGCUGAUGGGGUCUUCCUGCACUUCUGCGCGUCGAUGGUCUCCGGCCUGAUCACCACCAUAGCCUCCAUGCCGGUGGACAUCAUCAAAACCAAGAUCCAAAGCGCAGCGAAGGGUCAGAAUCAAAUUGAGGUAGUUACCAGCCUUAUUCGCAACGAGGGAGUACUAGCCCUUUGGAAAGGAUUCCUCCCGUAUUACGCUCGUCUCGGUCCGCACACCGUUCUUACCUUCAUCUUCUUAGAGCAGUUGAAUUCUGCCUAUUUGAAGUAUACGGAAUAAGGGUGGUCGUAUCUCUACCGGGUGAUCCACAACUGUUCAAGAAUUAGAAACAUUUUGAUAUUGACUACAAAAUCAGUCGAAGUUUAUUUUUUAUUAUUUAUUAUAUUUUUUGUAUAAUUCUUUUGACGAGAAUAUCGAUUCAUAAUUUGUUGUUAACAGUAAUCGAUAUUUCUAACUUUAUUUUUUUUUUAAUAUUUUUUGAAGAUUUUAUUGUACAUGGCACUAGAUCUUUGAGCCAUAUGACAAUGUGUGAAAAGUAUUUUAGGUUUGGUGGAUACCUUUAAAGUGUGCUAAUACUUAAGAGGAACAGGUUUCGGUGUUUCUUUUGUAAAUAAUCUUAUAUUCACAAGGUCAGAGAAAUUGUAGAAGGGAGUUGUCUAUAGGUUAGUUUUACACUAGAUUUUUUCUGUCAUUUUUUAUGGGAGGUAUUUGUAUACGUACAGACAUAUCUACUCACAGCCGCACAUGCAUAUGAAAACAUCUACUACUCUAUAAAAUACAAAUAAAACACGAACAAACGUUCAUGUACUUUCGACAGAGAGGAUCUUGUGUGCUUGGCAUCUUCAAUCUAUAAUUUCUCUAGAGAUACAGAGUGUUCCUACAAUAGUGACAAGUGAAAGUUAGAGCACCCUUUGAAUCACACCAUUUACGUAUGCUUCGCAAUUUUUAGUUAUUUUCAAAAUAUAACCAUUUUUCUAGAUUUCGUUCCAUCUAUCUUUUUUUAUUUUACUUCAUAGUUAUUGGUUAGGAGGUCCAAGUAGAUGGAGAUAAAAACAUAAAAACUAGGCAGUAAGUUACUGGAUGUCAUAGUACGAAUUUGAUAAAAAAAAUACUGUUUUUUUACAUUAAAGUUGUUAUGUAUCUUAUGGUAGUUAUUUCAAAAAUGCUCCUUUUAUGGCGCAAAAAAACUAAGUUAAUAAAACUCA